AUGAAAAUUAUAAACUUCGUAAUUCUCUUGGCUUUGGUGGCCUGUGUUCGUGCAUCAACCUUUCGAAAUGCUGAAUGGUGUAUUGGUGAUGUGGCCCGCAAAAUAAUAUCCCGCUGUGCUGCCGCACAUGGAACCAAUGAUGAUGAUUUGCAGCAAUAUCUUCAACUAAAACCGGCAGCAUCCGAUCCGGCAAAAUGUUUCCGAGGCUGUCUAUUUCAGGAGUGUCAAUUGUUCAAAGAAGAUCACACCUUUAGCUCUGACCUGGCCCGUCGUACCGCCUUCAUAACUUCCUAUGGCAAUUGGGAAGUCUACAAGGUUAUGGAACAAAAUGCCAAUUAUUGUAUACAACACAUAAAGACUGGAGAAAAUACCUGUGAUUCUGCAGAGGAAUUUUUACAAUGCUAUGUGAACCACAGUCCAAUUCCCAUAUCUCUGCAAGCUUUGUUUCAAUAA